UCACUCGCUCAUGCUGCCAGAACAGAGCUCCAAUCUCCAGCUUCUGUCAGCAAAAGAAGAAUGCAACAAUAUUUUGUGGAUUAUUACAGUACUGAGUGAAGAAAAACAAAAAACAAGAUGACUUUUGACCCGAGGAAUGUAACAGCUACACUCACAUCAAACUUCAGCACCAACAAAGGAGUACAGCAAAAUGAAGGCCUGACAUAUACCCAGAUCUUCACUCUGGUCUCAUACAUAGCAAUAUUUGUGCUUGGUACAAUUGGCAAUGGACUGGUCAUGUAUGUGACAGGCUACAAGAUGAAGACAACAGUCAAUUCCAUCUGGUUUCUCAACUUGGCCGUGGCAGACUUCCUCUUCACGUUUUUCCUGAUACUGAGCAUUGCAUCCGUUUCUCGAAAAUAUCACUGGCCCUUUGGCCUCGAAAUGUGCAAGUUCAACACCUUUGUGUCUGUGCUCAACAUGUUUGCUAGCAUCUUUCUGCUGACAGCCAUCAGUAUGGACCGCUGUCUGUCCACAUGGGUGAUCGUCUGGGCCCAGAACAAACGUACUCCACUCAAAGCUAGGAUAGCAUGUUUGUUCAUAUGGGUGGGAGCCAUAGCCUGCAGCAUCCCCUUUGCCUCUUAUCGUAAAUUGAGGACAAAUGGAUCUAUUACACACUGUGCCACUAACGCUGAUGGGCAAGUGAUGAAGAAUCUGGCUGUCUUCAGAUUUGUGAUAGGCUUCGUUGUUCCCUUGAUCAUUAUCAUCUGUUCAUACGUAGCGAUUGGAGUGAGAGCUCGACGCCUCCAAAAAUACAAAAAACUUCGCCCCUUCCGAGUCAUCCUGACUGUGAUACUAGCUUUUUUCUUAUGCUGGCUUCCCUUCCACAUCCACUAUUUCUGUAUUAUUCGCAGUGGUACAAAAAUGUGGAGUAAAGAAGCUCAAACUAUAAUUAACACCUCUGGUCCCUUCAUCGUGAGCCUGGCGUAUCUGAACAGCUGUCUGAACCCCAUCCUGUAUGUGUUCAUGUGUGAGGAGUUCAAGACGAAGCUCAAGCAGUCCUUGCUGCUGGUGCUGGAGAGUGCUUUUACGGAGGAGCACCUGGGCUUCCUCACCCCUCGCCAUUCCAUCAGCUCUCGCCACUCUGAGUCCCACAUCCAGAUGAAAAAAAAUGAUACAGCUAUCUCCCUCGUCAGCCGCUUAGACAGGACUUCAGACGACUGAAAAAGUCACAAUUCUGAAAGCAGUCCCCCGAGGACACACAGAAUAAAAGCAUUGCUGAGCAGUACGGCGGAGCACCCCACCAGUUGUUUGAUUUUGCAAGCCGUUUCUGUAUUUUAACUACUGAUCUUUUCUGUAUUCACACAUCUGGGUUUCACUUCUAUUAGACAUUUACACAAGCAUUUUAUGAACAGAAAAUACAUGAAUGACACCUACAUAGGUGUCUUUCACUUGUUUUUUAAGUGUUCUUUUCCUCUCUUUAUAUUCUUAAAAUAGUCAUAUUUUUCUGGCCAGUCUAUUGUGACCUGUUUCGAUUUUUGCCUCUUAAACUGUAGACUUGUUCAGGUAUUAAAGAAAGUCUUUGACAAAAAAAAAUCUAAUUUACACCAUUUCUACUACAAGAUGCCACUUUAGAUGUAGUUGAUCAUCCAAGACAUGUUUCGUGUCCAAAUUUCAGUCUGGUUUAGCACUGCAGCUUUAAGGCUAACAUUGCUAACAACCACUAAAUGGCAGUAGCCAUCCACAUCUUUUUCUCAUAAAUACACCACUAAAAGUUAUCUCAGCCCACUUAAGCCACAUCUAGGUCUUUAUUAAGGUCACACAGACGUGUUGAUGUGGUUUACUGUACAGUAUGACUUCUCUUAAUCUACAAAAAGACCAAAACUUCACCAUGUAGGAGAAAGGCCUGCUGAAAAAUACUGCACAGUCCAGCAGGCAUUUAAUGCUGGUCUAUGCUGGUUUAUGCUGCUCUAUCAUUCAAAACACAACAUUUACUGGUUUUGCUGGUGAACAGCCAUGUUGGUCUAUGCUAGUGUUUUUAGCAGGGUGCCACAUGUAACCACAUUAGACAACGGGACUGCAGGGCAUGUUUCUAAUUUCUGUUGUUCUUUUUAUAAACAACUGCUAAACUUCAAUUUAUAUAUAUAACAUAUAUGUAUUUAUAAAUAAAAACAACAGAAAUUGUGAGUUUAAUCUAGCAUCCACAUGUCUGCAUGAUGUAAAUGUGGUAUUCGCCACAGCUGUUAUCUAAAAUCGUUCAGCUAUGCAGUGAAGAUUUGUUCAUUUUUAUUGUUUAAACCACACCAACAAGUCUGUGCAACCUUAAUGAAGACCUGGUUGUGGUUUGGGUGGUGUUUGGAGAUGUGUUUGCAAAAAAGAUGUGGGUGUUCUGUUGACUUCUAGUGUCUGUUAGCAACAUUAGCCUCAAAGCUUCAGUACUAAACUAAUGAACCACAAUUUAGAUACCAAGCAUGUCUUGGAUGAUUGAUGCAUCUAGAGCAGGGGAAAAUUGUGUAAAUUAGAUUUUUUUCACUCAACUAUUCCUUUCAUUUCAAGACUUAUUAUUCAGAAGAGAAAUGUUUCGGCAACUGUAAUGAAACUAUUAUGUAAAUUAUGAGUCAGUGAGUGAGGCGUUUAUGUGUUUAUCCAUUUACAGAUGUUUCAAUGUUAUUUAGAGUGCUGUAAAUAUUUUGUGAUGACUGCUUAAUAAACAGCAUUUUCUUAUA